CCCCUCCUCCAGCAGCCACACGACCCGCGGCCUCUCCCUCGAGUUCAAGGACGUGUCCUUCCACUACCCCGGGCAAUCCCCUGUUUCCGGCUUACAGCAGGUCUCCUUCACGGUGCCAGCCGGCACCACCACGGCGCUGGUAGGGAAGGGAGGGA